UGUGAGUGCGGCUCAUGGAAACUAAAACAAAACAUCAAAGGUAGUAGAAUGGGAGAUAGUAAAGUGAAGACAAGCAAAGCUCUUUCUUGGUUGCUCCGUCACGGGGCAGCGAAGGAAGGCCUGGAACUGUUGCCCGGAGGUUGGGCAAAGCUUGAUGAUGUCCUCAAGAAACCAAAAUUCAAGAGAGUGACAGUGCAAGAUAUAGAAGAGGUUGUUAUCAGUUGUCCCAAGCAAAGAUUUGGUCUAAAAGAAGAGGAUGGUGUAUACUACAUUAAGGCUAACCAAGGGCAUUCAAUACAAGUAGAAGAUCCAGAGUUGACAGAAAUCACUCUUGAGGACAGGGUGCUAGAGGUAGUCCACGGAACAUAUUACCGCCAUUGGCCUAGCAUCAAGGAGCAGGGUCUGAGUCGCAUGAAUAGGACACACAUUCAUUUUGCCCCAGGUUUACCAGGAGACUCGGCUGUAAUAAGUGGCAUGCGCACAUCCUGCCAACUGUACAUCUGGAUCAAUUUGCCCAAGGCACUGGAGGAUGGUUAUAAAUUCUACAAGUCUGCAAACAAUGUGAUAUUGUGUCCGGGUAAUGAAGAGGGAUUUUUGCCUCCAAAGUACUUUGCAAAAGUUACAGACAAGAGAACAGGUGAAAACCGUCUUUAAAGAGCACAGCAGGUAUUAGUUCCAAGUGUUCUGAGCCUGAGUUGAGAGAAUUGAACCAUGAAUGGUUGAAAUGAACAAUGAGAAAGUGUUAUACAGAAAAAGAUUCUUUCACACUGUAAUUUCUAAAAAGGAAGUUUUUUUCUUUUUUCGUUCUCUUUCAAAGUGAUUUUUGUGUAGAGUUUAUUACUGAUUUUAGCAGACUCCAUUCAACAAUGAGAUAUCUCUGUGUUGGAUGGGCAUUAUGUGGAAGUAGAAUAGAUAGUCUUUCUAGUGUGUGCUCUAAGACUGGGAGCUGUGUAGCAUUUUGUCAAAAAUAUGCAAUGAAACUGACAUCUGUUUGAUAAAAGUGAACGUAGUUGAUCCAUUUGGCAAUCUAUGAACAUUACGGAGUAGAA